AGCUUUUGGUCCAGGGUGCGGUCUGUUAUUUCCCUCGGACGACAAAAUCAACUGAAGGCUUUCCUGGUUAUCGAAAUGGCUGCUGCCAGGUGUCUGCUGACUGAAGAUCAGUUCCUGUGCUCCAUCUGUCUGGAUGUGUUCACUGAUCCUGUUGCCACACCAUGUGGACACAACUUCUGUAAAACCUGCAUCACUACAUACUGGGAUGGUAAUGACUUCUGUCAGUGUCCCAACUGUAAAGAGUUUUUCUGCACCAGACCUAAGCUACAGGUCAAUAUGUUCAUCUCUGAGAUGGCUGCUCAGUACAAACAGUCAGCUCAACAGGAAGCUAGAAGCAGCAGCUCAGAGCAACACGUGUCCAAACCAGGAGAAGUUCCCUGUGACGUCUGCACUGGAACCAAACUGAAGGCUCAGAAGUCCUGCCUGGUGUGUCUGGUUUCUUACUGUGAGACUCACCUGGAGCCUCAUCUGACGAGUUCAGGUCUGAAAAGACAUCAGCUGAUCGACCCCGUGGAGAACCUGGACGAGAGGAUGUGUAAGAAGCACGACAAACUGCUGGAGCUGUUCUGUAAGAACGACCAGAUGUGUGUCUGCAUGCUGUGCAGCGUUUUAGACCACAAGAUGCAUGAUUUUGUUCCUCUGAAAGAAGAAUAUGAAGGAAAGAAGACCGAGCUGGGAAAGACAGAGGCUGAAAUUCAGCAGAUAAUCCAAAGGAAAAAAACAAAAAUUUGGGAGAUCAAGCACUCAGUGGAGCUCAGUAAUAAGAAUGCAGAGAGAGAGACCACAGAAGGUGUUCAGGUCUUCACCGCUCUGAAAGAAUCUGUUGAGAGAAGCCAGGCCGAGCUCAUCAACACAAUCCAAAUGACGCAGAGAAAGAUGGAGAAAGAGGCUGAAGGCUUCAUCAAGGAGCUGGAACAGGAAAUCUCUGAGCUGGAGAAGAGAAGCGCUGAGGUGAAGCAGCUCUCACAUUCUGAAGACCCCCUUCAACUCCUCCAAAACUUCACGUCUCUGAAAGCUGCUCCACCCACCAAGGACUGGACUCAAGUCAGAGUCCAUCCACCUUCAUAUGAGGGGAAUGUUGUGAGAGCUGUGAACAAGCUGGAGGAGACACUCGGUAAGCUGAUAAAGAAGGCAGAACUGAGGAUGGCCCAGAGGUUUGCAGUGGAUGUGACACUGGAUCCUGAUUCAGCACAUCCCGAACUCAUCCUGUCUGACGAUGGCAAACAAGUUCAUCACAACGAUGUCAAGAAGAACCUCCCAGAUAGUCCGGAGAGAUUUGAUACUUGUCCCAGUGUUUUAUCAAAGCAGAGAUUCUCUUAUGGCAGAUUUUACUACGAGGUUCAGGUUAAAGGGAAGACCGACUGGACUGUAGGAGUGGCCAUAGAGUCGAUGGGGAGGAAGGGAAAAAUCAUCCUGAAUCCUCUGAACGGUCACUGGACAAUUUGUUUAAGGAAUGAACAAGAAUUCAAAGCCCUUUCUGACCCUCCAGUCAGUCUCUCUCUGAAAUCUCACCCUAAGAAGGUGGGGGUAUUCGUGGAUUUUGAGGGGAGUCUGGUCUCCUUUUAUGACGUCGAUGCUGCUGCUCUGAUCUACUCCUUCACUGGCUGCUACUUCAAAGAGAAACUCUCCCCAUACCUUAGUCCUGAUCUCAAUCAUGGUGGUAAAAACUCCCCCCGUCUGAUCAUUCAUUCAUUGCCUAUACCGCUUAUCCCGUUAGGGGUCAAAGGGGGGCAAGUGAGCCAAUUCCAGGCCAAAUCAUUGGACAGGAGGGUGGAGAAAUUCCGCUUCAGGGCUGCUGUCACAUAUGGAUGGAAAUCUCCAUUCAGGAAAUAGUACUACUACUAGUAUAAUACUAGUCGUUCUUGAAGUCAGAUAGAAGGCCUUUUUUUAAUAACUGGGAUGGGGAUGUUAUACGGCGGGGAAAAUAUGUAUUGAACGCCAGAUGUAGUUAACAACACAAGUAAUCCACACAUACAAAGAAAUCAAAAUCAAAAAAGUCCAUAAAUUAAGUUGUGUGUAAUAAAGUGGAAUGACACAGGGAAAAAGUACUGAACACACUUGCUGAAAUGUAUUUAAUACAGCUGCUCAGCUGUGACUUUUGCCCAUUCCUCCUUUUUUUCAUAGUUCUAUGAGCUGUUGGAACAUUCCCUCUUUUUUAUUGUUUCCGGACCGCAGGAACUAUGAACUAUUGUAGUUCCUAUAACCCUGUUUAGAGGAACCUUUUUAGCUCCUGCUUCAUGGUAGGUACUCUCUCAUCAAAAGAGGGACUUUGAGUGACGUACAUGCACGGGAUUCCAUACGUUAGUGUACGUUGAUUGGUCGAACACAAGAGCCAAUCCAGUACCACCAACCGCCAUUUUUUAAAUCCCACAGUAAACGUUAUCAAAUAACAGUGGCCUAAAUAUCAGUUGAAGAAGCUCUGUAAAUCAUAAAAAAGUAAGUAACACAGAAAAUUGGACCGACAACGAAGUCCAGGUGUUAUUAUGCAUUUACGCGACGGAGGAAAUCCAACAGGAUUUUGAGUCAUCAAAGCGGAACAUCAAAAUAUUUCAAAGUAUCUCAUGCCAGCUCGCUACUUUGGGUAUCAGCCACACAGCUAAGCAGUGCCAUUAGAAGAUCAAAAAGCUGAAACAAGAUUUUUUUAAAAGACCACAACAACCAGAGCGGAUCUGACAGGAAAACCAGCAAGUGGUACGCUUGAUGCGGGCAUGAAGGACUCAGCAGUCGGGCUUUUAGAGGCUAUCGCCAGCGGCAGCUCUGGUAGCUGCAGUCCGCUAUUGGAACCCCCUGAAGAGGGUAAGCGGGGUAACCCUGACUUUAUAAAACGUUAUUUGAAAGUAAUAACAAGGAGUUGCUUGCCCUAGUGUUUGCUAGAUCUAGUACCCAUCACCACCAGGCAGUCUGUGAGACAGCUACCUAAAGACAGACGGUCUUAAAUAUGCUAAUACAAUACAGGUUAAAGACAAAGUAGCCUAAAUGGAUAAUAGAGACAGAAAUAUAUAUUGAAAUAGUAAACAAAUGUAUUGCAGGCUAAAAACUGGGUAAAUUAAUGAAAUACGAGUUUAAAUGUUGGUUAGAAAAGUAAAUACAGAAUACAAAUAUGCCAAGUUAGGCUCAUAUUAACUGCUUUGAGCACUUCAAAUUUUUAAAGCUAAAAAUUAGAGCACUUUAGGGCAGCUAACUUAAGUCUGCAGCGCUCUCGUCUCCUGUCCGCCUCAAUCGUGUGAAGUGCUGCCAACUUUUGAAUAAGUCGUCUCCUCUUUGCUGUCCAUCUUCUUAGUCUCUCAAAGGCUUUUUCUCUUGCACGUCUCCUUUUAAACUCAAUUUCAUUCAUGAACCCAAUCACACACAACACACAAACAGCUCCCACCACGGUAUCCUCCAUAUUUUCUGUUGUGUUGCAAGAAUGACGUUGCUAUAGCAACUGUCUGCUGGCUUACGUCACUUUAAGGUUCAUAUGAACCAGCACCAUGGCGGUGCGAAUGCAGACAAAAUUUAAGUCCCCAUGGAGCUCUAGGAACUACACUGUGCCAGACCCCCCCGGCCUGUUCGAUGGCCACGUCUGGCCCAUGUAUUUGAAACACAAGAACAUCACCGUCUGUAGUUCUCAGGGAACUCCCUAGUGGAUAGUUCCUCUUCAAAAAGUCCCCAGAACUGUUUGGUCAGAAAACAAUUAUAGUGUAUGCUAUGACAGCCGAAGAGUUCAAUUUUGGUCUCAUCUGACCAGAUUAUAUUAUCCCAGUACUUCAUAGGCUUGUCCAAGUGUUGUGCGGCAAAGUUUAAACGAGCUUCCACAUGCCUUUUCUCGAGCAGUGGUGUGUUGCGCGUUGAGCAUACUUAAAGGCCAUGGCGGUUGAGUCCAUUACUAAUUGUUUUCUUUGAAACAACUUUACCUGCUGAGUCCAGGUCUUUCUGAAGCUCUCCGCAAGUGGUUCUUGGUUCUUGGGCAACUCUUCUAAUUAUUCUUUGGACUCCUCUGUCAGAAAUCUUGUGAGGAGCACCUGGUCAUGGCCGGUUAGUGGUGUAAUGAUGUUCUUUCCACUUCUGCAUAAUGGCCCCAACAGUGCUCACUGGAACAUUCAGAAGUUCAGAAAUGCAUCUGUAACCAAUGCCAUCUUUAUGUUUUGCUACAAUAAGCUUACGAAGGUCUUGCGACAGCUCUUUGCUUUUACCCAUCAUGAAAUGCUUCUUGUGUGACACCUUGGUAAUGAGAAACCUUUUUAUAGGCCAUCAAUUAGGACCAAUCCAGUUGAUAUUAAUUUGCACUGAUAGGGGGCAGGAUUGCUUCUCAUGCCUUUUUAUACCUCCUUUUCUUCAUGUGUUCAAUAUUUAUUCCCAUUAUGAUUUCACUUAAUUACACAUAACUUUUUUUCAUGGACAUAUAUAUGUUUUGAUUUCUUUGUAUGUGUGGAUAACUUGGGUUGUUUCUGACAUCUGGUGAAAAUUUCAUCCCAAUAGCCCCAUCGGAAAUAUAUUUACUUAUUUUCCCCGCUGUACGUAUUAACACUGGCCCCUUUCAACCAUACUGGGAUUGAUACCUAAGAAUGUCACAACAAAAUUAACGGGUUAUAAACGGGGACACUGUGUGCAUGGCAUGUCACAUCUUCUGUUGGGCACGGUACUUAAAAAUAGUAACUAUAUACAGUUACUAGUUACUACAAUCAAAAAGUAACUAAGUUACUAACAGAGUUACUGAUUAUAAAAGUAACUAGUUACUGGGGAAAGUAACUAAGGCGUUAUUAUAUUUGCUUCAAUCUUCAUAUUAAUGUUGACAUAAUUUAGUUUCGCUGUGGCAGAACGGUGCUGUGACGAGGUGAAGGUAUUUCACUGAUUAGAUCUGUGAAGGCGACCGACUCAACAGUUGAUAUGAAGCUCGUCGCCGUCAAUCAGUCGACAGUCCGGGUUACAGAUCGUGGUGUUUUAAAUCAAGUGUAUGACAUGAGUAAUUAACAAUAAAAUAUUUAGUAUAAGUUUUAUAAAAUCAACACAAUGGAGGCUGAUCACUCCUCAACCUUUUGUUUGAUCUGUUUUCUGAUUCACCAUCAAACAAAAAGUGUUAAAACCGAAGGAUCAUAAACGCCUCCUUCAUUAUCAUAACAGCUGAUAUUUCUGUUGAUGAUCACUCACACUGUUUGACCUUUUUAAUCUGAUUAUGAUGAGCGUGACAGUCUGACAGAGUGGGAGGAGUCAGUCAGUCAUUCAGAAACACGUUUUACAUUCAUCAUGAUCGUUAAUGAUUGUAUGGUUUGAAAAUGUUAUGCAUCCUGUUUUGCAGAAAUUUAGAUCCUAAUAAAAUGGUGCUUUGUGCCUGUAGAAAUGGU